GCAUCGGUAAGAUGGUAAACCAACUGUCACUCAAUUGCAUUCUGCCAAAAGUUGCGGCAAAGUCAGGCCAGGACGCAAUUUUGCCAUUUGAAAGCCACUUAGAUCCUACCAAAUUUUCGUGGACUACAAAGCUCUUAGUCGUGGUCGCAGGUUUUACAUGCACCUUCAACGGAAACCUGGGUUCAUCGAUGCCAGCCGGUGCUCUUGAUGCAAUAUCAUCGCACUUUGGAGUGACUGAGAAGCUCAAACUUACACUAUUAAACUCACUGUAUAUGGUUGGCUACGUUGUAGGGCCGGUCGUGUUCGGUCCGCUCAGUGAGUGUAUUGGUCGACGAGUUGUGCUUAUGGGGACCUUCCUAGGCUACCUUGUCUUCAUGCUGGCAUGCUCUGUAGCUCCAGUUUAUGAAGUCCUUCUCGUAUUCCGCCUCCUCUGUGGGAUCAAUGCUGCGGCGGCUACCACUGUGAUAAGUGGUCUUUACGCUGACAUUCUGGACGAUCCAUCCCAGCGGGGCUUUGCGCUUGCCAUUUAUAUGACCAUUACCACAACUGGUCCUUUGAUAGGACCCCUGAUCUCGGGUUUCUCGUCUCAGAUUUCAUGGAGAUGGCCUUUCUGGAUUGCGCCCAUGAUCGCCGCCCCAGGCCUACCGAUAGUGCUGUUAUUGCCGGAAACCUUCGCUCCGGUACUUUAUAAUAAACACAUCCGAAGGCGUGUGGCGAGAAACGGUCCUUCGAGUGAAUUUGCAGUGGAAACCCCUCAUGUGUUUGAUGUACACAAGAUCUUCCUGCGACCCUUUACACUCAUGAUGACGGAACCGAUCCUCCUUCUUACGAGCGUUUACUUAGCACUAGCUUAUGCCAUUACGUACUUAAUGUUCCAAGCCUAUCCGAUUUUGUUCCAAGAGUUCUACGGCCUCUCCCCCGGGCUAUCUGGAGUUGCAUACGUGCCGAUGAUACUUGGGGCACUCGUUUCUUUGGGCGUUUUUUAUCUCUUCACAUGGCACUAUGACCAUGCUGCGGCGGCCGGAAAAAGAUGGGCGCAGCGAGAGAUCUAUCGUCGUUUACCCAUGGCAUGUAUUGCUUCCCCUUCUAUGGUCAUAUCUCUUGUCUGGCUUGGCUGGACAUCCUGGCAUAGCGUCUCCCCAAUCGUGCCCGCGAUUGGAGGCUUCUUCUUCACCUUCGGUUAUCAACUCUUAUUCAUGGGAAUGGGGAACUACAUAACCGAUGUUUUUCGCCAAUAUUCAGCAUCUGCACAGGCUGCUUCCAGUAUGACAAGGUCUGCGGGAGCUGUCCUGCUUCCCUUAGCCGCUGGCCCCAUGUAUGCCAAACUUGGUAUUCACUGGGCUCCUUCACUCCUUGGGUUAUUCACACUCAUUAUGGGGAUAAUACCAUUUGCGUUCAUCAGAUAUGGCGAUGCAUUAGCAAAGAGAAGCAAAUAUGCUAGGGAAGUCUACAACAUGACACUGGAUAGUUAG